AUGACGAACGCCUUCGUUUCGGAUGAGGCCGUUGUGGUCUCGGCCGCCGGCGAUGGCUUCGACCCUUUCAUGGGAACCCCCGCGGGCCCGACUCACCUACGGCACUCGAACUAUGACACUCACCUCUUCGCCCUAGCCCCCGGAUCCUCUGCCGAGCAGGUCAAGCGGGCGAUCCAGGCGCACCUGCGGGAUACGGAACGCCGGAUGGAGGAAGCUGGGAAACUGGGCACCGCGCUCGUUCACCAGCAAAAGGAGUUGACCGAGAAACUCCGCGAGGUCGACCAGCUCCAGUCCGAGGCGGAGCUGAACCCGGAACUUCGCCAACGGCUAGUCGAGAUUGAGAAGGAUUAUAACGAGGUGGCCCGGGACAGCGCUCGAGCUCUGCUUCCCAAGCAGAGAGUGCCUAGCAAUGAAGCACAGAGUUCUCCGUUCUCCCCGGACAAAGGUGUCGCCAGGCGUUCCGUGAGCCCGUCCAAGUUCGAGUCUCUUGCUGCGCCCUCGCCGACCAAGUUUGGCGUCCCGAACCGCAAGCUCCGCAACCAGCCAGCCAGCAGGAUCCACGAUAUCGAAUUCGCUGCUGAGAUUAGCACUUCCCUAAUCACUCAGGUCCGAAACUUGCAAGCAUUGCUCUCUGAGCGGGAAGAAGAGCUCAAGGAUGUCAAAUUGGAGCGGUCCCAGCUGGAAAUUGAGGCUGAGGGAUUCCAUCAACGCUUGAAGACGCUGGAUGAGAGCGAGAGCCGGUACAAGGACGAGAACUGGAACCUCGAGACCCAGAUUCACGAGCUCAUUGCGGGGCAAAAGGAAGCGGCGGAGCGCGAGAAGAAGCUGACGCAAGCCGUCAAUAUCAUUCAGUCCGAAAGGAAUGCCACCCAGAGGGAAUUGGAAGAAGUCAAGGACAACCUCGCCAAGCAAGAUGAGAAGCAUUCUGCUGAGAUCAAGAACCUCGAGAUCGAGCUUGGCACCAGCCGCCGGACCGCAACAGUUUUCGAAAGCGAGCGCACGGUGCUUCAGCGGAAGGUGGAGGAGCUGACCGGCCAGAACCAGGAGUUGGCCAAGGCUUUCUCGGCCCUGCAACGCGGGCGGGCGUUAGAACGCGAAGGCCCGGUCACCGGGAGCGAAGAGGAUUCCAAUUCCGCCCCCGACCACAACACCCCCGAGCACUCCCCGCCUCCGUCGCCCAUGAAGCCGACUCCUCGACACUCUGCGCUUGAGUCUGAGACGCUCAAGACGUCUCUCGGUCAUGCCCAGCGUACCAUUCAGACCCUGCGCACCAACAUCCAUCGUGAGAAGACGGAGAAGUUGGAGCUGAAGCGUAUGCUCCAGGACGCCCGAGACGAGGUUGAGAAGCUGAGGAACGACCCGAACCCUGCUCCCAAAAAGAGCCGCAAGGCCGAGCUGCGCGAGGCUAAGAAGCCCUCUUUCCGACUUAACCAAUUGGGCGUCUCUCGAGCGAGCAGGACCGAAGUCGUUGAGGACCCUGAAUGGGAAGACCAAUCCGAGUUCCCUUCUCCGACCGUACUGUCACGACACGCCUCGACUCUUCGCCUCCCCGCAAGCACUGUUGCUCCUGUCGAGUCAAGCAGCGACCACUUCGAGACGGCCAACGAGACGAGCGACGCGGCCUUUGAGACCGCCCAUGAGCGCGGAACCGAAACCGAGGACUUCCAGACUGGUGUUGAGGAAAUGUCGGAUGACAAUGAUACGGCGACCGAAACGGAAUCUGGUCCCUCACGAGGACUCAACUCGAUCAAGCGACCCCCUCCCCUGCCUCCGCACCACUCUAGCAAUCAUUACUCCUUCGACAGUACUGCCUCGACGUCUAGCGAGGACGAUGACUAUCCGUCUUUCAGCUCUGAUAUCAAGACGCCAACAUCUGGCCCCAAGAUGCGGAUGCGCAUGAGCCGCAGCUCGCUCUCUCGCCGUUCCCGACAGUUCAGCGAGGAGCCCGUCGUGCAGGGCAGUCCUUCAAGUCUUCCUGCCAACAACGCCCCAGUGACACCGGGUGGACAGAGCUUGUACGCUGAGCUGAAUGAGUUGGACAAUAGCGAUGAAGACUCAUGCACAGGCCCCGACACCCCGAGUCGGAGGAGCAUCCGGUCCGUCACGCCCGCCACGCCCCGCAGCGUUGGUCGAGGCCGCGCUUCGCCACCCCCCGAGGUUCCAGCAAUGCCCAAGAUUAUGGUUGAUAGCGGCAUGAUGACCGAACCGAUGGACAUGCGGUCAGCCCUCGCGAUUCUCGAUCGAGAGAAGGAGUACGAGGCACGCGAAGAUUCCGAGCGCCCGAUGUCGAUGGAGUCGGUGAUCCGGCCUCGCCAGUUUCCGGCAUCGACCCAAUGGUUGGGAGACGUACACAAAGACGGGGACUCGUCGAGACCUGUAUCCGCUGUCUCUUACAGUGAUGCAAGUAUUCAGCACGAGUGGAAUAAGCUGUUCCCGUCAGCCGCCACUGCAUCGAGCAUCGCUUCCAUUCAGACACAAAUCAUUGAGCCGCUGUCCGACCCGGAAACGGCCCCGAGCCCACCGCCCCUGAGCGUGUCGUCAAUCUUGUCUGAGCACACGGAGCCGGUGAUAGAGGAGCCGCCAACCUUGUCUAUGGCCUCUUUGGUCUCUGAGCAUGUAGAGCCGGUGACCGAACCGGAACCGCCCCUUCCGAAGCUCAGCAUGCCCGUCGUCCUUUUCCAGACCAUCGAGCCAGUCUCCGAACCCGAAAUCCCUCUUCCAGCACUCAGUGUGCCCGUCAUCCUUUCUCAGGAUAUCGAGCCUUUGUCUGAACCCGAGAUCCCUCUGCCGGCACUCAGCGUGCCCGUCAUUGUUUCUCAGGAUAUUGAGCCUGUGUCUGAACCAGAGAUUCCUCUUCCAGAGCCCCCGACACUCAGCAUGCCCGCGAUUGUCUCUCAAUACAUCUCUCCCGUGGCUGAGCCAGAGCCACUUCUUCCAGAGCCCCAGACACUCAGCGUCCCUCUUGUUGUUUCCCAGGACAUUGAGCCAACCCCUCCAACGCCGGUUGCUCUUUCUCUCUCAACUAUUCAUAUCAAGGAAGUUGAGCCCGUUGCUGAACUGGAGACCCCCCCGCCAUCGCCAAUCGCACUUUCCUGCUCGGCUAUCUUUUCUGAGCAGGUCGAACCAGUUGAACUUCCCGCGCCCAUAGUUGUAGAGCGCUCAGAGCCAAAGGUUGCCAUUCCUGUACCUUUGCCUUUCUCGCUCUCCUCGAUCGCCUCGGAGCACGUCGAGCCUCGGGACGGGGAGCCCAUGUCCCCUAUCCAACUGUCGGUGUCCUCCAUCGCGAUGGAAGAAGUCGAGCCUCUCCAAGAACCCCAGCCACCAGCACCUUCUCUGGCCUUCGCCCCCAUUCAAACGCUGGAUGUGGUUCCUUGCGAAACCCCGGCGCCUCCUCUAAUCAUUUCAAGCGUUCGCUCUUGGGGUCUUGAGCCCCUGGAUGAGCCGGAGGUUCUCCCGCCGAGCUUGUCUCUGUCGGCUAUCGAGGCUCAGGACGUUGAGCCCAUUGAGCCCCAAGAACCCAAGGUUGUUCCGGUAUUGAGCUUCGCAGGGAUCCAGUCGCUACACAGUGAACCUGCCGAGCCGCGCACCCCUAAGAGGAACGCAUUCAUCAUACCUCGUGACCCCGAGAUCAUAGUCAAUGGCAAGCAUGAUGCUAUCCGGGCGCGGGACGCACUGGCGUCAGAGGAGCCCGAAUCUGUGUCCCCACAACGCUCCCAUUCAAUGGGCAGCAUGGGGACCCCUUCUACGGUGCGGAUUCACCGGCCUCGUCAAGAAAGUUUCGACACCCCUUUGCGGAACAAGGGGACGGCUUCCGAUUACGGUACAGACGUGCUCGAGGGACCUAUGCCACGGAGACCGGGCAGCUCAGCGAGUGGUAUGGCCUCGAUUCACGAGGUACCUCCUCUUCCCGCAAACCACAAGGAAGCCAUCGAGGCCGCAAGGACCGGGUCUUCACAAGGCGGCCAGGGCACUAUUGGCACCAUGGGUCCUCCGUUGUUCCCUGCUUCUUCCCUGAAGCCGCAGAACUCAUCUCUCAGGCCUCGGACUCCGACAGGCUCGAGACGCCCCACCUCACCAAUUUCGGUGGCGUCCGGUCGCGCGACGCCGACCCCUCGCGUGGCUGGAAGACCCGGGCAAGCCGAUGUGCACGACAUGCAGUCGCUUUCGCGGGCGACGCUUCGGAGCCGGAAAUCUUCUAUCUCGUCAUUCACUUCCGAGGUCGAUACUCGAUUCAACAUGAACCACGUCAACGGCUUCGAUCCACAGGGCUUUGGACCGAAUACCGACCCUCGCAUGAUCCAGGCAAUCACACAGACCAUGAUUGGGGAGUACCUUUGGAAGUACACGCGUAAAGCUGGCCGCGGGGAGAUGUCGGAGAACCGACACCGCAGAUACUUUUGGGUUCACCCGUAUACGCGUACUCUCUACUGGAGUGAUCGCGACCCUUCGGCCGCUGGGCGUUCCGAGUUGAGGGCCAAGAGCGUGCAGAUUGAAGCGGUUCGGGUUGUUGCUGACGACAAUCCGAUGCCGCCAGGUCUACACAGGAAGAGUUUGAUUAUCGUAUCCCCUGGGAGAAGUAUCAAAUUCACUUGCACCACGGGACAGCGACAUGAGACUUGGUUCAAUGCUCUGUCAUACCUGCUGCUCCGCACGACAGAUGAGGGACACGAGGAUGCUGAGGAGCUUGCCGGCUACAUCACACGGGAGGACGUCGAUGAAUUCAACCCUUCGACCGGGAAACGCCCCACAAAUGGUAACCGGGCGCCACCUUCGCUGUCGUCUUACAACUCCCAAUCAGCGAGGCAAUCCCCGACCAUGGACAUCUCGAUGAGCGUUCCGACAUUGACCCCCUCGCGCUCCAAAGCGUCGCAAGGCCGCCCGUCGUAUGGCACUCUGAGCAGAAUCAGCGGUUACUGGAAAGAAAACAAGAUCUCGGGGACCUUUGGCAGCAUGAGGAGUCGUAGUGUCCAGGGGCGCCAUUCCGCUCUUGGUAUUUACGAAACCAACGACUUGCAAGACAGCGCGGAAGAUGUUAGGGAGAUGAUUGAGAGGCAAGAUCGCGAGGCUGAUCGCCUCGAAAAUGUUCGCGCGUGCUGCGAUGGCAAACACGAUGUCGGCACCCUCACUAAUAGUGCGAAAAAGGGCCGCCAUUCGGUUGCAGGCUUCCGCUCGCCCACCCCUUCAUCAGCCCCAACCCCGGUUGGAACCGUGAGGUCGCGGGCAUGA